CUGCCGUUUGUGCCAUACCCCCUCUCCCGCCAUUCAGCCCAGCCCGUGACCACCCAACUGAGGGGACUCCGCCCUGGACAAAGACUGCUGCUAGGGAGACCCAUGUGUGACCCUGACACAGGCGUCCUGGUGCCCAUUUUAGCUGUGACCAUCCACCCUCAGACUGGGCUGGUGUACCCCCUGGGAGGUGUGCAUGUGUGCCCCCUCACCCGACUGCCCCAGCCCAUCCAGGUGGGCUCUCCCAUGUUGGACCCCAUGACAGGAAAUGUGGUGCUGACUGCCGGAGUCAGUCUAGAUCCAAUAACAGGAGCGGUGCUUCCAGUAGGCGGCCUCCUCCUGGGUGAGUCCUUCAUCGAGCCCCUGAGCAGCAUGGUGGUCCGGGUGUGCGGCGGUAGCAUCCGGGCUGGGAAGCUGGUGCCUCAUGCCGGGGGGUUCCAGGCUCUACUGAACAGCCAGACUCUGGUUGCCCGUAUCCGCCUGGUGGAGCUUCUGCGUGGGCUCAGAGAGGACUGGGGUUCUGGGGAGAUGGGUUUGCGGGGUCUGCAGGCCCGGAGGAAGGAGACUGAGCUGGGACGGAUCCAGGCUGCAGCCAAGGAGUUGGAGCAGGCCUGGGGGAAAGGGCUACACUGUCACCUGCAGCUGCUGAGCCGGCUGGAGACCCUGCUGGACUGGGCCUGGGGCGUUGCCCAAGAUGGUGGCGUCCAAGGAGAAAUCCAUCUCCCUGGUGCUGAUCUGUCCCUGCCGGCACUGCCUGGGUUGGAGUAUCCUGAUCCACAGGGCUCUGGCCUAACGGUCCCCAUCCUGGGGGCUCAAAUGGACCCUGUGUCAGGACUCACUGUCCCCCUGGCUGGAACCAUGGAGGACCCAGAUGGCAAAGGACUAGUUGCGAUUCGUUUCGGGGCCCUGACAGUGGACCCUGUAACAGGAGUGCUGGCUCCUGUUGUGGGGGUUCGCCUGGAUGUGUCCAGACAGACUGUUGUGCCUGUAACUGCUUCAUACUGCCUGGCUCUGGGAGAUAAUACUGACAGUGUGCUGGUGGAGGCCCUGCGGAAGGAGUGGUGUCUGAGGAACAGGUACUGGAAAGAGGAGAAACAGAAGGAGGAGGAGCUGCUAGGGGAUCUGGAUGCGGCUCUGCAGCACUGUGUCCUGGUGGCCAAUCAGGAGGACUCUGAGCAGGCCCACUGGGUGGACACUGAGAGGCAGCUGAGGGAGGUUGCAGCGGAGCUUCAUGAGGCUGGCCAGUCAGAAGCCCAGAGGAGAGCCUCCCAGCUCUCAGACCUGUCUCUGCUCCUGCCUCCUCACGUUCUGCUCAUCCUCACUCAAGGUGAUGAUAAGGAGUGGGAGCAGCAGUGCUGCUGGCAGACAGAGCUGGUGGCUGGGCUGGACAGGGUGAACGUGUGCGUGGAGAAACUGCAGCAGGACCAGGAAAGAUGGACAGCACAGAGAGGAGAGCAGACGCCAUCAAUCCAUGUCAUGGAUGGGAAACUGAGACAGAGAGAAAUAUGGGAGCAGCUUAACUCCAGGCAGGCAGAACUAGACGCUGCUCUUAUAGCGCUGCGUUGUGUCCGAGAACUCUGCCAGCUCCGUGCAGAUACAGCGCAGUCUGUGUUAUCAGGUUCCUUCUGGUACAAGGAGUUUGGGCUGGCCAGGCUGAUGGUCCCCAGUAACCCUCUGAAGGUGGUGUCGUUGACCCAGCAGAAAGCUGUGCCUCUCCUGGAGCGACUCAUUCAGCUACUGGAGGAGAACAAACAGCCAAGUCUCUCCCCGAGCACCUACCACCAGUGCAUCUCUGGUGUGUCAACAAAACAGACGUUUGGAUUGGAGACAUGUUCUCGUGCAUGGACAGAGUCCGUGCCUGUGGUUAAAGUGAGAGAUGUCUAUGAAGGAAUCUCCACCCAGUCUCUGAGAGAACCAAUGAAAGCUCAGCCUCAGGACCAGGAUUCUAAGGGCCCCAGUGUCCCCCAGCCCAGUCCUACUCACUCACAGACAGCUCACAGAAAAACUGCAAUCUCUGACAUACACUCACAAGAGGGCCAGCCUAUGAAAGAAUCUGUUCAGCAGUCACAUGUCUGUGUCCCCACACUGUCAGAGGGGGAGUGGGAUAAACUGCUGGAGCUCUCCCCACUCUUCCAGCUUCUAAAGGGUGUGGAGAGGAAGCUGAGGGGCCCAGCGCGAGAUGCAGGGCUUCUGAGGGGGGAGCUCGACGGCGGAGCGAGCUCUUUUAUUGACUAUCUGGAUGCACAGUGGGAGUGUGAAGGAGAGCUGCUCCUUCUUGACCCACAUCAUCUUAAUCCCAGAGAGUUCCUGGUCUACCACCAUGGACUAUUCCUACUGCAAACGCUACGUACUCUCGAACUGAUGCUGCAAGCGUGUCUGGGUGAGCUAUUCGAGGCCCGGCUAGGGAGUUCCUCAAUGGGUAUGGAAUGUACUGCUCCACAGAGCUCCAUGCCAUGGGACUCCCACCCCACCUCCCUGCUGGAGGGGCUUCAGAGGCCCAGUCGGGGGCUCCUUUCACAGGAAGAGGUGGAGGGACUCCUGCAGAAGCACAGGGAGGAUUUGGUGUUCCUCCAUGUUGAAAGGCUGUUAAGAAAGAAGAGCUUGGGGCUCCGAACCAUGGAAGUGCGUUACAAAGCCCAGGAGGAAAAUACUGAUCAAGCUCAGUGAUUCUCAACCAGGGGGGCUUAUGACAUGAUUUAGGGGUCCCUUGAUUUUGGGAAAGCAUUUUAGUAAGCGUCGGAACGGCAAAUGUUGAGAGCCCAAUUGAGAGUACAAUUCAUGAUGGCUGAUCUGCUUGGGAAAAACACAGUUGUGUAUGGACUGGCAACUGAUGAAAGACCAAAACGUUCUCCUUGGAAGUGUGACGGGGAGCUUCUUCAUGCACACACACACCAAUCCUUUUACAAUCUGUAUACAACCUGACCGUGACGUCACAAAAGACAUCAGACUGACAUCACUGCAACCAGGUUUGCCCACUGGGACUAGAAUGCUGGGAGGGUGGUGCAGGAGGUGUCCCUCAAUCCUAUGUGUGUUGAGAUAAAAAAAAUGUAGGAUCAUCAGUUGCUGUUGUCAGUUACAGGCACAAUCUGUGAUAUUUCCUGCUGUUCAAUGGUCAUAUCAAUGAGUACCAAUUGGUUCUUGAGGAAUAUAACUUAUAAAUAAAUGCCUUAUGAACUUCGUGUAACUGCAUUAUUCUAUCAUAAUCCAGAAUAUAGGUUGCAAUGCUCUAUGUUUUUGCUUUUUUUUGUCAUCUUAGUUUUUGUUAACAAUAAUUGUAGAAUUUAAAGAAAUGUGUAUGUUUAAAACUAUCAUAUCAAUCUUUUUGAUAACCCUUGUAUCCAUAGCUGAGUGUAUGAAUUUGACAGUGGUUGCAUUUCUUCAGUUCCACCUCCCUGCUUAAAUGGCGGCGGCUGCUGUUGGGCUGAAACAUUGUGGUGUUAAAAUCUAGAUUGUAGAAGAGGUUUUGAGUUUUAGGAAAUUGGUAUACAUUGACACGGGACACUGUAGGAGGACAGAUACGUCUUAAAACCUUUUCAAAAAUCUAAGACUGAUUUAUAAACUUUUUGCAAUGAUCAGUCUGUACUUUUGAUGUAAACCGUUAUGCCUGUAUUGCUUGUAUCAACAUUUCUAUGUCUCAAAUGUGCUUGGAAAUAAACAAACAAAGACCAUGAA